AUCUCUGCUAACGUCUGGCGAGUCUAGCUGCGACACUUUUAGUUUCUUUUAACCCUUUCUGAGUUUUUAUCAAAAGUGCGAAGCUUUCUUGAUUGCCGGUACGACACAUUGUGUACAACUACCUACGUUUGUUGGAUACGACGUAACCUGUUGAUGAGAUACUGAAGAAAUAAUAACAUGGAUGGCUGUAAAACUGGUUCAGAAACUGUUACCUCGAAUAAUAACCCAAGCCAACCUACAGUACCAGUAGCUGUUCCUGAUGUACUGAGUCAAGUGCCUGUUUCUGUCAGUGAUACUGCCAAAGUAGAACCUUCACCGACUACUGUCAGUACUCCGACAGCAAAUGAAUCAUGUGUCAAAUCUGAAUCUCAAACCUCAUCUCCUGCGGCGAAGUGUUCACCUCAAGUUGCUAAACCAGCUGUUCCUGCUCAACCGAGUACUGUUGCUGGGACUCCAAGGCCGACCUCUUUGCCAUCAGCAGCAAGUGAAGCUUCAGUUAAGAAUCGAUCCUCUAGAGAUGAAAAAUCUCGCAAGAAAGAUGAUAAGAGCGUAGACCAUGUCUUAAGAGCAUUAAAUAGCUUGCAUACCACUGAAGAAAAACUUGCGGCCAUGUGCAAGAAGUACGCUGACAUUUUUGAUGAACAUAGAAAACUGCAGUUGCUUCACAAGCAGACUGAAAAGAGAUGUAGCAUGCUGCAGAGAGAGAAGGAACAACUGCAGACUGAACAUAGCAAAGCUAUCUUGACCCGCAGCCGACUGGAGAACUUGUGUAGAGAGCUGCAGCGACAGAACAAGGCUAUUAAGGAUGAAAGUCUACUUAAAAUCAGGGAGGAAGAAGAAAAGCGAAAAGAAGUAUCAGCCAAGUUUCAAACCACCAUGAACGAAAUAACUACUUUAAUGCAACAAAACAAUGACAAAAACAUGAAGCUGAGAGAUGACAAUAUAGAUAUGACCACCAAGCUGAAGAACAUAUGUGAGCAAUAUGAGAUUAGACAGCAGCAAGUAGAGAGAAUCAGCAAGCAGAUGCAGUUGGAGCAGCAGCUGGCUGAUGCCAAGUUGGCCAAACUCAAGAUGGAGAUGGCGGCUGAGCGAGAGAUGCUAUUGAGAGAGAAACAACAGCUGUUACUGGAGAUCCAACAAUAUCAACAACGGUGUACUGAGUUCCAAGCCACAGAAGUCAAUCUCCGCAACCAGAUCUCAAUGUAUAACGACAAAUACGAUGAAUUCCAGAAGGCGUUGGCCAGAAGCAAUGAUGUUUUUGGAGGGUUCAAAGGAGAAAUGGAAAAGAUGUCCAAGAAGAUCUGUAAGCUGGAGAAGGAAACGUCGUCGUGGAAGCAGCGCUGGGAGAGGAGCCACAAUGCCCUGCUAGAGAUGGCUGCGGACAAGCAGAAGUCUGAACAGGAGUUGGCUGUUGUGUCACGACAGCUGGUAACACUGCAGGGGCUGUGUCGUACACUGCAGACGGAACGGACCACCAUGCUGGCCAAACUGAAGGCCUUCCAAGCUGGCGGACCCGAACCUCCUGAGAAACUGGUUAGCUCAGUGGAGAAGUGCACCAAAAAGUGUGAAGCCUUAAACCAAGACAUGAAUCACGUCAUGGAAAACAACAGCAAUCCGGUUCUAGACAGUUACACAAAAGACAUCCUGGACUCGUUCAAAGAGAGUGUUGCGGCAGAAAUUAAUGCAGCAAUGGCUGCUGAAACUAAUGCAGCAACCAACAAUGCCUCUAACAAUGCCGUCAAUAAUACAUGUGUAACUUCACCGACAACAAUGCCUAAUCCCUUACCUGAUGUUGUGGGUGAUACAAAUCAGAUUGUGGACAACAGCCCGGAUGUUAACAACGGAGCUUGUCCGCGACUGGAGAAUCUCUCUAUAACCCCUGGUGCGCCUGAAAACUCAAUUCCGACUGCGGUCAAUACUGAAACAGUGCAGGAAAGUGUUAGUGGCACUGAAGUGAAGGAAACAUCAACCCAGCCUUCGGUCAUAGUGGAGAACUCAACUCCUGUUGUCAACGGGGAUGCUCAUAUAGAAAGUUCUUCAUCUGAACCAAAUACUCAAUCUGAUACUCCCAAGUCGCCAGCUAAAAACAGUCCGAAGUCGACGGACAGUGGGAAAAAAGUAAAGGAAGCAAAUAAGAAGAAAAAGAAAUAAUGAAUGUGAAAAUCCUGUUCCAGUAGUUAAAACUGAAGAAGUCGGCAUUUCUCAAGUAUAAUGUCAGAAGAGGUUCUUCAUUGCAGCACCAGUAAUUCUAAAAUGUUUCAUUGCGUUUGUUUUUGUAAUAUCUGGCUUCAUAUUUAUUUAAAAACUAUUUCUAAGCAUAAACCAUUCAAAAAGAUAAUUCGGCUAUGGAAAUAUGUUAUAACUUCAAAAUUUGUAUCAUCACUAUAAUGUGUAUUAUUUAUUUAUAUGUUUAUAGAAUUAAUUCCCUCAUGCAAACAUUACAUGGGAAAACUAUCGUUUUCUUGUAAGGUGUUUUCACCAUUGUAGUUAGAGUGUUUUUUACUGAAAAAUAUAAGAAAAAUAAAUAAAUUUGUUGCUUGGAUAAAUUAAAUUUGAGGUUGUAGUUUGAGAUGUUUUGUAUUAAUUCUCGAGUAUGUUUGUUGAAAAUUAUAGUAUUAUGAGAAUUGGACGAUAAGAUAUACGACUGAUUUAAUAAAUAUUAUUUGAGUAA